AUGAUUGACGUGUGCCAUUUGGGGACGAACUACCGAGCCCGAGCCUUAAUCGACUCGGGAUCCGAGGCGACGUUCAUUUCAGAACGCCUGUUCAACAUCAUCAAGUUGCCAUUCCGCAACACCCAGACCCAAGUCUCCGGGUUAAAUCAUUCGGUCUCCGCGAAAUCCUCGAAGCUGUGUCACUUCGGGAUUCGCUCUCCUACUCAGCCAGGUCUACAGUUAGACACUGAAGCAAACGAAAAUCGUUUAAAAAGAGACUUUCCCUUAAAAGAGCAAUAUGACAGCGUGAUCCAGGAGUACCUGGAUCUGGCUCAUAUGAAAGAAGUUCCGCCGACUCACAAUUCUCCCUCGUAUCAUCUUCCUCAUCACGCGGUCCUGAAAUGGCGUUAUUUUCAAUACGUCUUCAGUGCAGACAUUACGAAAAUGUAUCGUCAGAUCUGGGUCGAUCCAAAACAUACCCCGUUUCAAAGAAUUCUGUUCCGAAACAAGGAAGGAGAUAUCCUAGACUUUGAACUAAAAACAGUUACCUUCGGGGUCAACUGCGCCCCCUUCCUCGCCAUUCGAGUCUUGCAACAGCUGGCAGAGGAUAUCCAAGUGCCAUUUCCAAAUGCCAGCCGCAUCAUCCAGCAGCACAUGUACGUCGACGACGUUCUGGCAGGGGCGAAUUCCGUAAACGAAGCCCAAAGUUCAAUUCGAGAGUUGCAAGCAGCCCUAAGUGCCCCCGGGUUUCCGCUAAGAAAGUGGACCUCAAACAACAAAAGCGUCCUUAAAGACGUCCCGGCCGAACACCUCCUUCGUAGCGAGUUCCUCGACAUCGAUGCCGAAAGCACGGCCAAGACGCUCGGUAUUUGGUGGAGGGCAAAGUCCGACGAAUUCUAUUUCGUUCCCCCCGACAUAGUUGUGGAAUCCUCCUAUACAAAGCGAGAAGUUUUGUCCCAAAUCGCUAGGUUGUUCGAUCCUGCCGGGUGGCUCGCGCCGUUCAUAAUCCGUUCAAAAAUGUUCAUGCAGGAGAUUUGGUUGCAAAACUUAGGCUGGGACGAUAAGCUUCCCACUGAAAUGAGUCAGCGGUGGCAAUCGUUUUUAGACGAGUAUUCCGACCUCAACCAGAUCCGCGUUCCGAGAUGGAUCUGGUACCAGCCUGAGGUAAUCAUAGAGCACCAUGGUUUCUGUGACGCGUCUCAGAGAGCCUAUGGAGCGGCUAUAUACAUCCGCGUCGAGAUGGGGCAAAAGAUCCUGACUCGCCUGCUUACAGCCAAAACGCGAGUGGCCCCGGUAAAAACCGUCUCCCUUCCUCGGCUAGAGCUCUGUGGUGCCGUGCUGUUAACCGAAAUGGUGACAGCAAUCCUUCCGCACAUGCCCUCCGCCAGUUCAGAUAUCCGCUGCUGGACAGAUUCCACAAUCGUCUUAGCCUGGCUACGAAAGCCUGCGUACAACUGGACCACAUUUGUGGCCAACAGAGUUGCCAAGAUCACGCAGGCGACGCCAGUCGACUGUUGGGCACACGUUCGCUCAGAACAAAACUCCGCCGAUCUAGCCAGUCGAGGCGUAUCCCUACAUGAAUUGGCAGAAAACCAUCUCUGGUGGCACGGACCAGAGUGGCUGCAAGGGCCACGGGAGCUAUGGCCAGCACAAAGCGACACUCUUCCAGUGAUAGAGCUAGACCAGCGCGCGGUCAAAGUGCAUUUUGUCAAGGCCCCGUCCAUCGACUUUCUCGAACGUUUCUCCAAAUUGGACAAGGCCCUUCGAGUUCUGGUCUAUGUUCAACGCUUCCUUAAACGCUGCCGCAAAGGUUCGUUCUUGCCCAGUUCACGACCUACAAGUGAAGAGAUCCGAGAGGCAGAACGAACUCUGACCUCCAUUGCGCAGCGCAGAGCAUAUGGCCAAGAGCUUCAGCAUCUGACCGAGAAAAGGCCUCUUCCAGUGUCAAGUCCUUUGGUGAAUUUGUUCCCGUUCAUUGACCAACACGGCCUUUUAAGGGCGUGCGGCCGUCUCACUGCCUCCAAAACCCUGCAAUAUGAUGAACGUCAUCCGAUUAUUCUCCCCUAUGACUGUAGACUGUCGCGCCUCAUCGUCCAAUUUACUCACCAGAUUACUCUUCAUGGCGGUAGUCAAUUGAUCGUACGCCUGAUCCGAUCGAAGUAUUGGAUUCCUAAAAUCAAGAAUCUGGUGAAGGCUGCGGUCAAUCCGUUUAAGAUUUGCACGAUUUACAAGAAGAGACUCCAAACACAGCUGAUGGGCGAUUUCCCGACAGAUAGAGUCUCCUUCUCGAGGGCGUUCACCUACACGGGUUCCUACUGGCUGCAUGCACAGCUGAAGUACAAAUAA